AUGUUCCUCUUCACGCCGCUCGCCAACUCAACCCAGCAAUCAGCACAGCUGGUCGAGAUUGACGAUGUACGAAUCCUCAUUGACUGUGGAUGGACCGAAUCCAUGCCUUUUGAGCAAAUGGAGCAAAUCCUCGCCAACGCUCCAAAAAUCGAUGCUAUUCUACUGUCUCAUGCCUCAGUGAAGCAUUUAGGCGCCUACCCCUACCUCUUCUCCCACCUCCAAAAGAACCUCGCGACACCCACCGCCUCUCUCCCACCCGUCUACGCAACCCUCCCCGUAACAGCAAUCGGCCGGACAUCCUCGCACGAGACAUACGCAUCCUCCUCACUCUCCCCACCCUUCCCACCAAACGUUAUCGACGCAGCCUUCGACCACAUCCAGAGUCUCCGGUUCUCGCAGCCGACACGUAUUAUGGGCGGUGUCAGUAUAACGGCAUUCAAUGCUGGGCAUACACUCGGAGGCACGAUUUGGAAGUUGGAGAGGGGGGGUGAGACGGUCGUUGUUGCUGGUGACUGGAAUCAUGCGCGUGAACGUGUUUUUGCGUCUAGUGUUUUGUUCAAUGAGGGUCAAGUCCUCGGGGAACUUCGAAAACCUGGGGCGUUGGUUUUGGGGGUGGGGAAGGGGAGUAAUAUCGUUCUUCCCCGGAAACGCCGGGAAGAAGCGCUGUUGUCGCAUAUCACCACCACUCUCUCGCAUACCCCAUCCUCCACGAUUCUCAUCCCACUUCCGCCCUCCCCGCGCCUCCUCGAACUCGCGUACCUCCUCGAACAACAUUGGCGAACACUCCCCGCGCCUCAGCCGCCGUUGUAUUUGUUGUCGAGUAGUGCGGGGAAGACGAUACAGUACGCGAAGAGUAUGUUGGAGUGGAUGAGUGAGGAGAUCGGGAGGGAGUUUGGGGCUGUGCAGAGUGGAGGGCCGUUUGAGUUUAAGCAUCUCAAAGUUGUGGGGAGGUGGGAGCAGUGUAAGAGUGGGUCAGAUGGAAAGGAGGGCAUGGUGGUGAUGGUUACGGGGGAGGGAUUGGAAGGUGGGUUGGGACGGAGGGUUUUCGUGGAGGAUGUCGCCACGAACCCACAGAAUUUACUCUUGUUGACGCAGGAAACGACGAUGGAGCCUGAUAGCCUCGCAGGGAAGAUGUGGAGCGUGUGGGACACCCAUGCGCCCUCUGCGCCGGAGGGUGUCAUUCGGGAUGCCAUCUCCGCUGGGGGUGUGCAGUUGAGGUUGAAGAUCCGGGAAAAGGCGUUGUUGGAAGGGGAUGAGUUGACGGCGUAUCAGGAGGAAGAAGCGAGUCGGCAGGCACGUCUUACCGCCGAUACCGCGCUUGAGAUGCGGAAUCGAUCUAUCCUCGAAGCGGAUUUGGAGAGUGAGGAGGAGAGUGAGGACGAUGAAGAUGACCAUCACUUGACCACUGGGGUUGGGGGGGUGAAGAGGGAGGCGGUGGGGUUCGGGAGCGAGGGGUUGUUUGAUUUGUAUGUGAGGGGUCAUCACGCGAACGCAAGUAAGUCUCGACCAUUGAUGUUUCCGUUCGUGGAGAGGAGGAGGAGGUUUGAUGAUUUUGGGGAGGUGUUGAGGGCGGAGGAUUUUGCGGGGGUGAAGGAGGAUGAGCAAGUUGAUAUCCAGCAAGCUGUGGUUUCGGUUGCGGCAAAGGGGAAGAAGAGGAAGUGGGAUGAGGUUGCGAAGGGGAAGAAGAAGGGGGAGGAGCAUAAUGCCACCGGAGGGGGAGGUGAAGAUGGCUUGGAUGAGCGGCCGAGUAAGAUUGUGGAUGUUGAGAAGGAUGUCGUGGUACACUGCAAAAUCGCAUUUGUCGAUAUGGAAGGUCUCCGCGACGGCCGUGCCAUGGAACGCAUUUUGCCGAUGAUUGGAGCACGGAAGCUCAUCCUCGUCGGCGGGGAUGAAGCCGAUACCCAGGAUUUGAGAUUAUCAUUCUCGACUACCCAGGGAAUCACGCAGGAUAUCUUUAGCCCGGAGGUCGGGGAGACAGUGAAUGCGAGUAUGGACGUGAAUGCGUAUGACUUGAAGUUGAGUGAUGCGUUGCUCAAGACGCUCAAGUGGCAGAAACUGGGAACCCACGAAGUCGCGCACGUCACCGGAAAAAUCAGCAUACCCACCAACGACGACGACGCACCAACCGCAACCGCACUCCCAGUCCUCGAACCACUCUCCACCCCCGCCGAUUUCGCCAAUGCACCACGUGCUGCGCCCCUCCACGUCGGAGACAUCAAACUCGCGGAUUUGAGAGCGGGGUUGAGGAGCCAGGGGAUUACGGCGGAGUUUAUGGGUGAGGGGACGUUGUUGUGUGAUGGGGUUGUUGCGGUGAGGAAGGUUGGGGCUGGGAGGGUUGUUGUUGAGGGGGGGGUUGGGGAGGUGUUUUGGAGGGUUAGGGGGGUUGUUUAUGGGAUGGUUGCUACUGUGUGA